GUGCUGUCGGAUGAGGAGAAGAGGAAGCAGUAUGAUGCGUAUGGUGAGGAGGGAUUGAAGGAUGGGCACCAGAGCUCCCAUGGAGACAUCUUCUCACACUUCUUUGGGGACUUUGGAUUCAUGUUUGGAGGUAACCCUCGCCAACAAGACAGGAACAUUCCCCGAGGAAGUGACAUCAUCGUGGACCUGGAGGUUACACUGGAGGAGGUGUAUUCAGGAAACUUCGUAGAAGUUGUCAGGAACAAGCCAGUGGCAAGACAGGCACCUGGCAAACGGAAAUGCAAUUGCCGGCAGGAAAUGAGGACCACCCAGUUGGGUCCUGGACGUUUCCAGAUGACUCAGGAAGUUGUUUGUGAUGAAUGUCCAAAUGUCAAGCUCGUGAACGAGGAGCGAACACUAGAAGUGGAGAUAGAGCCAGGCGUGAGGGAUGGUAUGGAGUAUCCCUUCAUUGGUGAAGGUGAACCCCAUGUGGAUGGGGAGCCAGGUGAUUUGCGCUUCCGAAUAAAAGUUCUUAAGCACCCAGUCUUUGAAAGAAGAGGAGAUGACUUGUAUACAAACGUGACAAUCUCGCUGGUCGAGGCACUUACAGGCUUUGAAAUGGGUAUUGCCCACUUGGAUGGGCACAAGGUUCACAUUGCUCGGGAUAAAAUUACGAAACCUGGGGCCAAACUCUGGAAGAAAGGAGAAGGUCUUCCAAAUUUUGAUAACAAUAAUAUCAAAGGCUCGCUAAUAAUAACAUUUGAUGUGGAGUUCCCCAAAGAGCAACUGACAAACGAACAGCGGGAAGGUCUCAAACAGUUGUUGAAACAAGGAUCGGUGCAGAAGGUGUACAAUGGAUUGCAGGGCUAUUGAUGUGUGAAAAAAUUGGACUUAACUGAAAAUGAAAAGUCAGAUUUGUUUGCAGUCUUUUCUCCUGCCCGCUGUAGAACGGAAAAGAGGGAGGGUGGGGCAAUUGUUGAGGUAUAUAUAAUUUUGUCUUUGUAAAUGGUGGAAGUACUCAGACAAGUUGGGGGAAAUACUACUCUUUUCAGGACAUAACUGGUGCUGCCUAUCACGUUCCACGUCCUGGAACAACAAAGAGACUCCUUGAGCAGGAAAAAAGGUGGGGAAAGGAGUUUAAAAUUCCAUGCAGAUUGGAAUUUCUGGUUUUUAAAUAUAUUUUGAUGUGACUUUUCUUGACCAUCUCAA